AUGAGGAGGGGGAAGGAGCAGAAAGGCGGAACCCAAACACUGGGCUGCACCGACUCACUGAUACACAGACCCACUCGCACUGAUACACAGACCCACUCACACUGAUACACAGACCCACUCGCACUGAUACACAGACCCACUCGCACUGAUACACAGACCCACUCGCACUGAUACACAGACCCACUCGCACUGAUACACAGACCCACUCACACUGAUACACAGACCCACUGGCCGCACCGCACAGGAGGGAUUGAGGAUCCAGUCUCCCAAAGGAUUAUCGGUUCCUGUGUAUCAGGAGAUUGGGCCCCUGGCUCCGGUACUGUGGCCCCUGCAUGUAGAAGCCGGACGUGUGGCCCCUGGGCUGUGGCACCAUGUUUGCCUUCUACUCCCUGCUGGUCUAUAUCAUCUACACCUUCCUCAGGCGCCAGCAGCCCCCGGCCGGGGACAUUCAGCACCAGGGACAGCUCCCAGAUGACCCUGCGGGGAAAAACAAAAAGAAACAGCCCCCCCAGGCCCAACUGUGGCCGGAACUGGACGACCUGGAAAGCAGCUCUGACAGUGAUGGGGUCUCUAAUUCUGAGACUGAGGAGGACGAUGACCCAGAAAGCAGAUGUCUCUUACUGCAAGACGUCAACUCCCCACUAACUGAAUUCUUAGCCUUCAAGCAAGAAGCCGCCAUGGGGAGACCUUCGGCUGGACCUGAAGAAUCUGCCAAGCCACCUUCUCCGCUCCUUGUGGUGAUGUCCCACCUCAUCACUUUCUUGGAGCACUACUCCCAAAUGCAGCGGCUUCAGGGGAAGGCCCAGGAGUACAGGAACCAACUGAGGCAGGAGGAACGGAGGCGCAGGAAGCAGCUACGGACCCUGCGCGGGGCCUACAGGCAACGCAUGAGAGACAAACUGAGUCUGAUUGGGAGCCUGGAGAUAGUGAUUAAUGAGCAACAGGGCAUGUUGGAGAGGCUGCAGAGUGGCGCCAUUGGCCAAAUGCUCCCAGUCUCCCCCCAUUCCCCGGUGGGAGUGCACAAACUAGUGGAGUCCAUCAGUGUCCUGCAAGGGGAGAGGGCCCAACUGAGAGAAGAGAUUGGAGGACUGAAGCAGGACAUCGAAGAAAAGGAGAGAGAGAAGGAGACCCUUUCCUGCACCCUCCAACAACAGAUUGAAGAGUUAAAAGUGAAGAUUCAGCAGAGGGAGGAGGAGCUCUCCCAGCUCAGGAUGGAAAUGGGGGUCACUGACUCUGAGAAGCGAAUCCAGAACCUGUCUGUGGAAAACGAAAGUCUGAAGCAGAAUCUCAGUGUGACCCAAGGGCUCCUGGAAAGGAUGGCGACUGUUACGGCCCAACCCCCUGCGCAUUUAAUGAAGGAGAAUGAAGACCUGCGCAAUAAGGUGCAACACCUGGAGGGCUCCCUCCAGCAGAAGGUGGAGCAGUUGGUUCUCACAAAGGGGCAGGUUGACACGAUGCAGUGGUGCAAGGAGGAGGAGAUACGGCACAUGGAUGAGAAAAUCCAAGGGCUGCAACUUUCCCUGGAAAAUGAAAGGAAGAAACCUCCACAUGUAGAGUAUGUGACAAAGACGCUGGAGAUUGAGUCUCCGACCAUGAUACGCUCCAUGAUGGAGGCUGAGGAAAGAAACCGCGUGCUCUUGAGCCAAAUCUCCUGUCAGGGAGAGAAGUGCCAGAAACUGGAGGAUCGUCUCAAGGAAUCAGAAGAUCUGACCACUAACCUCAGGGUUAAGAUUUCAUCGUACGAAACAGAGAUUGAAAAGCUCAAGCAUGAGCUAAUGGAGGAGAUCCACCAUCUUGAAUCACAGAAGGAAGAGGCCAUCAAAGAAGCAUCGGAAUGUUCUGAACAACAUCUUGACCACCUGAAGGAACAGCUGGCAGGGGUACAGAGCCGACUGGCCUCCUUGCAGCCCCUCCUGAAGAACAUGAAGACAAACUACAACAGUCUGAGGAGCCAAGUCAAGAACUUCUCUCAGUUUUAUGAGAUGUCCAUCAGGGAAGCCAAAAAGCAGAUCUGCAGCGCCAUCACCGAUGUGUCAGAGUCCAACAAGGACCUUCUGGCCAAGUACCAGCGAGAGGUGCAGCUCCGCAAGAGAUACCACAACCAACUGGUGGAGCUAAAGGGGAACAUCCGUGUCCUCUGCAGGGUGAGGCCCCACAGCCACAAUAAUGAGGAGGAAGGAUCCUUAACGUCCCCCAUAACCAUCGAUAUGAAUGAUGAUACCAGGCUCUCCGUGUUUUAUAAAGGGAAAGAGAAAAACUUUGAACUGGAUAAAGUCUUUGUGCCUCAGGCCAAACAGGAGGAGGUUUUCCAGGAGAUUGAGCCGAUGGUCAUGUCCUGCAUCAACGGCUACAACGUUUGCAUCUUUGCUUAUGGGCAGACUGGCUCUGGGAAAACGUACACAAUGGAGGGAACCCUGGAAAACCCAGGCAUUAACCAGCGAGCCAUGCAGGCCCUGUACAAGGAAAUGGAGGCCCGGAAAGGCCUGUGGCAUUACACUGUGAGCCUCAGCAUGGUGGAGAUUUACAACGAGGUGAUCAGGGACCUACUCUCUAAAGAUCCACAAGAGAAACUGGACAUCAAGCUAAACCCAGAUGGAAGUGGUCAGCUACACGUGCCAGGUCUGACCAGCACAGAAGUCAACAGCUUCCGGCACAUCAAGAAGCUGCUGACACUUGGGAAGAAGAACAGGGCCACGUUCUGCACCAACAUGAAUGAGAGAAGCUCACGUUCCCACGCGUUACUGACCAUUAACAUCAGCGGGAAAGACCUCACCACUGGCACUGUGACCACAGGAAAGCUGAACUUGGUGGACCUGGCCGGCUCUGAGCGUGUCUGCAAGUCUGGGGCAGAGGGAGAGAGGCUGAAGGAGGCUCAGAAUAUCAACAAGUCCCUUUUGGCUCUGGGGGAGGUGAUCCAGGCACUGCGAGCCAAACAGGGCCAUAUACCCUUUAGGAACUCCAAACUCACCUACCUGCUGCAGGACUCCCUGGGCAAGGGCAACAAAACUGUGAUGAUGGUGCAGGUAUCACCAUCGGAAGGGAACGUCGGAGAGACCGUUUGCUCCCUGAAGUUUGCCCAGAGGGUCUGCAAGGUGGAACUUGGCCCAGCGUCACGGCGGAUCGACCCCGGAUCCAUCAACAUCUAACCAAGUCACUGGGCACAUCCCCGGCAUUGGAUCUGCUUUGGGCACAUCCCCGGCAUUGGAUCUGCUUUGGGCACAUCCCCGGCAUUGGAUCUGCUUUGGGCACAUCCCUGGCAUUGGAUCUGCUUUGGGCACAUUCCCGGCAUUGGAUCUGCUUUGGGCACAUCCCCGGCAUUGGAUCUGCUUGGGCACAUCCCCGGCAUUGGAUAUGCUUGGGCACAUCCCUGGCAUUGGAUCUGCUUGGGCACAUCCCCGGCAUUGGAUCUGCUUGGGCACAUCCCCGGCAUUGUCACUUUUCCACCCAGACUUUACAGAACCUUUAAUGGCAGCUGAGCCUGGAAUAUAUAUCGCAGUAUUAAUGCCUUAAAUGCCAGAAUACUGCAUGGCAAGAGCAUUGGCAGUGCCAACUACACCGACAGCUGCAAAUGGGGGAAUGUGCCAAACACAGACAUGGCAGCUUCAUUACACGCCAAGACAAAAGCCCAGGAGAGGAGGGGCUUCUUGUUAACCAUUUCAGUGCUGGGGGAAUGGCAGCAAAGCGUGGUGCUAAUAACCCUUUGGGUGCUGGGUGCAUGCAAUAAAUAACCCUUUGCUUCCAGCUCUCUCCAGCUGCUUUUUUAAGAGCUAUUAGUGCCACGGAGUGUGGCGGCCAAGACAGUCAUGUGGGAUCUAUUAAAGCCACAAGCCCCAUCUUAAUGGCCACGUUUAGGCUCAAGGUGCCAACACCCUUCCUAUUUAUCCGUUAAUGUACAAAGCAACACUUUAUGGUAUUGGGAGCGUUGGCGUUUGAGUCCCGAGGGAUUGUGCCAAUCUGCUGCAGCUGGACACAGUACAGGAACUGGUUAAACACGCGUGUGUAUGUGCAAGACUUUCCCUUUAAAGCUGAGACUGUAACGUGUUACUUACCCUUGUCACUAAUAUACAUUAUAGGUCCGGCUCCCAAAGUGGCCCCCGUACAGUAGGACCCAGUUUGUUCCUAUGUGUUUCCUAAAGGGGCCCCUCGUUAUAGGAGUCACUUGUAUUUGAUACUGAAAAGCUGCAUUAAAUAAAACUAAAUUCUAAGCGA